ACAGCUGAGCGGGCCUUGGACACAAUGAACUUUGAUGUUAUUAAGGGACGGCCUGUGCGCAUCAUGUGGUCGCAGCGUGAUCCAUCACUGAGAAAGAGCGGCGUGGGAAACAUCUUCAUCAAGAAUCUGGACAAGUCCAUCGACAACAAAGCUCUAUAUGACACUUUCUCUGCUUUUGGCAACAUCCUGUCAUGCAAGGUGGUUUGCGAUGAGAGUGGCUCUAAAGGCUACGGCUUUGUGCAUUUUGAGACUCAGGAGGCAGCCGAAAGAGCCAUUGAGAAAAUGAAUGGCAUGCUGCUCAAUGACCGCAAAGUAUUCGUGGGCCGCUUCAAAUCUCGCAAAGAACGCGAGGCCGAGCUUGGUGCCCGAGCCAAGGAGUUCACAAACGUCUACAUCAAAAACUUUGGAGAGGACAUGGAUGAAGAGAAGCUGAGAGAGCUCUUUAGCAAAUAUGGUCAUGCCAUGAGUAUCCGCAUCAUGACGGAUGACGGCGGGAAGUCUCGAGGCUUUGGAUUCGUCAGCUUUGAGAGGCACGAGGACGCCCAGAAAGCUGUGGAUGAGAUGAACGGGAAGGAGAUGAAUGGCAAGCUGAUCUAUGUCGGUCGUGCUCAGAAGAAGAUUGAGCGACAGACGGAACUCAAGCGCAAAUUUGAGCAAAUGAAACAAGAUCGCAUGACUCGCUAUAAUGGCGUCAACUUGUAUGUGAAGAAUCUUGAUGACGGAAUUGAUGAUGAACGUCUGCGAAAGGAGUUUGCACCGUUUGGCACCAUAACUAGUACCAAGGUGAUGAUGGAAGGUGGGCGCAGCAAAGGCUUUGGGUUCGUCUGCUUCUCGUCGCCUGAGGAGGCCACUAAAGCUGUGACUGAAAUGAAUGGACGCAUCGUAGCCACCAAGCCACUGUACGUUGCCCUGGCCCAGCGGAAAGAAGAGCGUCAAGCCCACCUGACCAACCAGUACAUGCAGCGCAUGGCCAGCAUGCGUGCGGUCACAAACCCAGUCAUCAGUCCCUACCAGCCGGCUCUGCCCUCUGGAUACUUCAUGGCAGCCAUACCUCAGACCCAGAAUCGCGCGACUUACUACCCAGCUGCAGGCCAGAUGGCCCAGCUGCGCCCGAGCCCACGCUGGACCACCCAGGGUGCCCGGCACCAACAGUUCCAGAACAUCCCAGGUGCCAUGCGUCCCUCAGCACCACGGCCUCAGACCCUCAACGCGAUGCGACCUGCCUCUGUGCCUCGCAUGAUGGCCACUCAGCGUGUCGCCGCUCAGACAAUGGGCCCCCGAGCCACCUCGCCCGCCGCAAUGGCCAACCAAGUGCGCGGAGUCCCUCAGUACAAGUACGCUGCAGGAGUCCGCAAUCCCCAGCAACACAUGGCUGCUCAGUCACCCGUCGCCAUGCAGCAGCCUGCAGUCCACGGUCAAGGACAGGAGCCUCUGACUGCUUCCAUCCUGGCUGCUGCUCCACCACAGGAACAGAAGCAGAUGCUGGGUGAACAUCUUUUCCCACUGAUCCAGACCAUGCAUCUCAGUCUGGCAGGCAAGAUCACUGGCAUGCUGCUGGAGAUUGACAACUCGGAGCUGCUCCACAUGCUGGAGUCUCCAGAGUCUCUGCGCUCAAAGGUGGAUGAGGCAGUGGCUGUGCUUCAGGCCCACCAGGCCAAGGAGAACGCCCAGAAGAAUGUGACAAACGCAACUGUUGUCCCAAGUGUCUGAACUCAAGGAAUGUGCAUCCUUGAGAUUAAUGUCAUCAACGGGGGGAAAAAAAACAAUAUAAAAAAAAAUAGAAUUUAACAGUGAAAAUUAAAAAAAAAGAAAAGAAGACACAAAACAACGUAAAAGAAGUCAAAUAAUAUUUUUGGCAACAAGUCUCCAGCCAGGCUUAGGAUAGACGGUAACACCAGGCCUUGUUUGCUGAGUUAAAGAGAAAAAAUCCAAAAAAAGAGAAAAAGUUUAAAUGAAAAAAAUGAUUGAAGGCUUUUAGAGGUGAGCUGAGUUUGAAAGCAUUCCUUUCUGCCAUUUUAUUCCCUUUUAAAUGUUU